UUUCAUUUGAGAGGCACGGUGUGUGGAGAUCGGUCGCUUUCCGUUUUCUUCGCGAGGAGAAAAAAAAUACUCCAGUUACGCAUAGUACCUAAUUCAUUAUAUUUAGUAUUUGAUAGUGUUUGUGUUUCAUUCAACUAGGUAGACAAGUGUUAAAUAUAAAAUAGUUUAAUAGCACGAUUAAGCUCAUUCUUCCGAAGAAUUUAAAAAAAAAACUCACAUUACGAACUUCUGAGGAAAAAAUGUACCGACCUAAUUUCUACGAGUCAACUUGCUUUCGCUGCAAAGAAGUCGUGUAUCAAGUUGAUAGAAUUGGCCCCUUGAAAGAGUUUACUUUCUUUCAUACUGGUUGCUUCAAAUGCAAAACAUGUGGAUCUAAGCUUACUCUUAAAACAUACUUCAACAACCAACAUGAUCAAGAUGAUAAAGAGGUGUACUGUAGUUCUCAUGUUCCAAAAAGUGGACCAGGUCAUUUUGAUCAGAAUUCUGUAGGCAUCAGACAAGCUUUGAAUGUUCCAAAAAGCACAAACUUGAUCAAUGAUCAGAUUCGUGGGUCGCAUCGAGAUAUGGUCGAUGGUUUCCAACGACAAAUGACCCCAAAUGGACAGAAUGGUAAUGGAAAUUCAGUUCGAGAUCCAAUAUCUCCAUCCCAAAUUGAUUCUUCUGAUUACAAAUAUGGAAGGUUUGAUGCCAGUGCCCUUCACAUCGCCCAUGCACUUAAACAGACUGAAAUUCAAAAAUCUUACAAAAAAGCAAGAGAAAAACCUAUUGACGAAUAUUUGGCAAGAGAGGAGCAGGCACAUUUGGAAAUGAAACAUCGAAAAGAAGAAGACGAUCUUUAUCGGAGAUUCGCAAAAAAACGUGAAGAUGAAGAAAGAAGAGUGGCGAAUGAAAUUCAGGAUGAAUGGGAACGCGAAUUGCAAAGAUUAACUCAUAAAUUUGAGAAAGAAAUAUCAGCGAAAAGAUCACGCGAUGAACAAAAUGUGUUGACUUUAAGACAUCAACAACAAAAAGAUGACUUGGAGAAGAACAUGACAUUACGUAAAACAAAGAAGAAAGAAAGUUUAUCAAGAAAGAUACUUGAGAAUGAACGAUCCGAAACUGCUGCUUUAGUUGAUAAACAAUCCAGUGAAAUGUUGGAGCUUAUAAGUGCUCGACGAAGUGAAUACAUGCAAAGUGAAAGCAUAUUCCUUGAUGAUGAUUACCAUGAGACAUCUGAAUAUCCUUUGGUGGCUCCAAAUCCCCCGCCGCCAUUAAUAAAUAAAUUCCAAAUUUACACAGAUCCAAAUGAGUUUGCAGAAGUUGAUCAAAUAGCUAUUUCUGUUGCACAAAAUGAUCAGAAAACAUUCACAGAUUUAGUUCGUCAACUCAUUGGGCAUUGCACGAGUGACAUUGAGAAAGCACGAACAAUUUUCCGAUGGAUUACUGUUAAGAAUUUAAAUACAAUGCAAUUUGAUGAUGAUUUAAGAGGUGACACUCCAAUGGGACUUUUACGUGGAAUCAAAUAUGGCACCGAGAGUUAUCACGUUCUUUUCAAACGCCUUUGUUCAUAUGCAGGCUUGCAUUGUGUUGUCAUUAAAGGAUAUUCAAAAAGUGCCGGUUACCAGCCAGGUGUAAGAUUCUUAGAUUCUCGCUUCAGAAACUCUUGGAAUGCUGUUUAUGUUGCUGGUGCUUGGAGAUUUGUUCAAUGUAAUUGGGGUGCAAGACAUCUUGUCAAUGCAAAAGAAGCACCGAAAACUAGCAAAGGAAAAAAUGAUAGUUUACGUUAUGAAUAUGACGAUCAUUACUUCCUUACUGAUCCGAGAGAGUUUAUUUACGAAUUCUUCCCAUUACAAGAAGAAUGGCAAUUAUUAAAACGUCGAAUAACAUUAAAAGAGUUUGAAAAUCUGCCAUUUGUUCGUUCACUCUUCUUCCGAUAUGGUCUUCAUUUUGCUGAUGAUGGAUAUGGUGCUGUUGUAUUAACAGAUGAUACUGGUGCAGCAACUAUUAGAAUUGCUAUACCGAGUGACAUGCAAAGCUGUUUAAUUUUUCAUUACAAUUUAAAGUUCUAUGACAGUGACGAAGACUCCUUUGAUGCAGUUUCACUCAAAAGAUUUGUAAUGCAAUCAGUUAUUGGAAAUAUUGUUGCAUUUCGUGUUCAUGCACCAUGUUCGGGAGCAUUUUUGUUGGAUAUUUUUGCAAAUGCUGUAACACCACAGGAAUAUUUAACUGGGGAGCCGAUGAAAUUCAAAUCUGUUUGUAAGUUUAAAAUCUUCUGUGAGGAAUUACAAACUGUUAUGGUGCCUCUUCCUGAUUGUGCUUCUGGUGAAUGGGGGCCAACUAAAGCGACGCGACUUUUUGGUCUUAUUCCGAUAACUCACCAAGAGCCACUCAUUUUUGCCGGACGAGUUCUUGAAACACAAUUUAGAAUGUCACGCCCAUUGACAGAUUUCAUGGCAACAGUUCAUAAAAACGGUUUUGAGGAGAAGAAGCUUUCCAAAUAUGUUCAGCAUAAUGUUGUCAAUGAUAUCGUUACCUUUAUUAUAAAUUUUCCUGAAGAAGGUCAAUAUGGGCUUGACAUAUAUACACGUGAAGUUGAAGGGUUGCUUCAUCACAGUUCAACAAGUGAAAAACAUCUUUUAACUCAUUGCUGCAAAUAUCUUAUAAAUUCAAGCAAGAGAAAUUAGAAUCUUAAGAAUUUUGUACUCAACUUAUUAACAUGUAUUUAAGAUAUCUUUAAUAAGAAAGAAAGCAAACAAAACAUUGACAUAUUUUACCUAAUCUAAAGUGACUUGCAGUAUUUUCCUUAUAAAAAAACUCUUUACCUUCAGUUUUAUGUUUUUAUUUCAUAAAUUAAAUUGUUUCUUUGAAAAUAUUGAACAAAAUCCUUCUACUGUCUAGUCGACUUUAAAAAAAGAUUAAAAACUUCUAAAUUUCUAUUUUCAUUCCAACCCGUAUUAAGAAAGCAACCCGUACCUAAGAUGUUUAAUAUGUAGGUAUUUUAACUUUAAUACAAAAAGUAAACUGUUGCGACAUUAACCUUAUGUUCUGAAAUUAAUAAACUUAUUUAUGAUGUUAUAUUCCGUACUAAAAUAAAGAAGUAAAUAAAAUAUAUUAAAAUUACUUUAAAAUAUAAAAUGAAUUCAUUUAUUUUAUAAGUAAUGGCAUC